UUAUUCUUUUUGUUUGUCAUACGGUAGAACGCGAAAUUUAAUGGUUGUAUCGAUGUUGAAAACUUUAAAUGUGAAUGAAAAACUGAACACCAGUUGUGUUGCUUCUCGAUAACGCGACUUCUGGGUUGGCCAACCGGAACUAGUCACAGUCAUUUCCGACUACCUUAGUUAAGCUCGAUUUGCGACAUUCUGAGCCCCAGAAUGACAUACUAAUGUAUAUCGUUGAAUUCCGAAUGGUCGGCGAUGGCCCUGCAACCUUUAAGCAUAUUUUUCGACUUCAGGUUGUCAACCACAGCCAGUAAAUUGCUGUUGUGCGGGUUGACUGGAUGGAAACAGUGCUAACAGCGUUAGCCUGCUAAAAGAAGCUUGCACAACAAUAACAAGCGUUAAGCAGUGCGUCCUCUUCGACUGGUGUGGACUACACGUUAAGGUAUGGCUCCGGUCUGAUACAUGACUGCUGGAGAUGGCUCAGUGGUCCACCAGCAGCGGUAUGCCCUCUUACGAGCCAAGUCCUUGUUCCGAGGCUAAAAGAAGACGGUUUGCUGAUGGCUUUGAGGAUCCAGUGAGGGCGAUGCCGUUGUCCAAGUUCGGCACAAGACCCCGUUUUGAGCCUGUGCAGUUUGUCAGCGGAGGGAGCCACAAUGAUGAAAAGGAGAAUAAUAAAGAAUCCAGAAGGAGUGAAUCGUUUCCUAUCAGACGCUGGGAGUCUGACCACUACUCAUCCUACGCCAGCAGCAGCAGAAGACCACAAUGCCCUGUGUCUCAGUGGCCUGAGUCUGAUAGAGCGGCGUCUUACAGUUCCAACUCUUGGGGCUGCAACAGAAGCACACAGCAGGACCGAGACUUCUCUCAUGGAAACACAGGUGGGUCGGGUUAUGGAGGCCGGAGUUCAAACUUUUUUGCAAGAACACAGCAGGAUUAUGAAACAAAGUAUGAAACCCACACCUCCCGAAACUUUGACUCAUAUCAGCCGCAGCAUUACAAUGGAUACGGUGGUGGAAGCAGAUCGGGGGGCUUUGUUGCGGGGCGUCAGGGACUUGGCUAUGGUCAGCAAGAACGGCCAUCCUCCAGCAGAACAAGUGACAGCCCAGGCAGGAGAAGUCCUGCCUGUUCAGCGCAACUUGUUCAAUUUCCUCAGUCCACAUUGGAUGAGAAACAGCGUCUUGUUUCCAGCGUAGCGUCUGCCGUGAGUGUAGCUUUAAGAAACCCGGUUUUGAUGACUGGAUCCGAAUCUCCCAAUUACAAUUUCAUGUUGAGCCGCAGCAUCCAAGCCUGCAAAACCAACCCGGAGUAUAUUUAUGUCAACUUGAAGGACAUACCUCAGUAUGAUCUACCUAAGAACAGGAAACUGCCUUCAGAAGGAUACGCCUGCGAACUGAGGUGUCAGAAUGUGUACCUCGCCACGGCAUACUCCGGUAGCAAAAACGGGGCAAGAGAUCGGGCGUCUGAACAAGCUGUCAAACUAUUUCUGAAACCAGUUGAGGUCCGUGUUGUGCAGCGGAGAUACCGACAAACCAUUUACAAUGACAUGGUUGUGUGUCAGAUGCACUGCCCCACACCCGAGUUUUUGCCUCUAAUCCGCAGCCUGGAGGACAAACCUGCACCCAACUCCAAGAACCAACAUGAACUGGACCCACGGAAGCACUGGACGGAGUUCAUAGUGAAGGACAAUGCUUAUGAUGCCAUAUGCAUACUGAACAAUUCCGCAACGUUCAAUCGUAUGAAAGUAGAUUAUCAUUUUGAACCAGUGGCAAAUGGCAACGCGUGGCAGUGCAGCGUCUUUGUGCAGGGUGAGAUGGUGGCCCAGGCUACUGGCACCAAGAAGAGCUCCAAACAUGCUGCUGCAGAGGAGGCGGUGAAUAAACUCCGCAUGAACCAGGCAGCGCGGCAGCAGGAACAAAGGUAUUUUGGAGAACCGUCUGAUUCUGGUGGAUUCGGGCUGCAGAGCAGCAGAAAAAAGGAUCUGAAUGAGCUGGUUAUCCUGGAGAAUUCCGAUAACGCCAUCUGCAUCAUUAAUGAUACGGCUCAGUUUAACAAAGUCAACGCAGACUACUCCUUCUCAGUCCUGCCAGACUCCAGUUGGAAGUGUGAUGUUUACUUGGAAGGCCAGUAUGUGGCGUCUGGAGUUGGACACAAAAAGAUAGUGAAGCACAUUGCAGCAGUAGAAGCUCUCAACACCUUGAAACGGACACAGGCGGUGGUGAAAUCCAAGGUGAACAGGGACGAAGACCCCGAUGCCAUAUCCCGGUUUCAGAUCAUGGCUCGCGCUGGUGUGGAGGACACAAAACAGGAGAUCAAAGAAGACAACAUUGGGAAUCAGCUGUUGCGCAAGAUGGGCUGGAAAGGCGGAGGUCUGGGUCGGGACGGCGAGGGUAUCGCAGAGCCCAUCAAAGUGAAGGAGCAGUUUUCCAGAGAAGGUUUGGGAAUGGACGCCAACAAAAGUGGCAAUCAGGUGACAAAGCGCGACAUUGAGGAAAUCAUUCGCAACUACGUGAGCUCGGAUCGCCAGGAUGACCUCCGCUUCUCCAACGACCUCACCAACGACGAGCGCAAGCAGGUCCACCACGUCUGUUUUAAAUACGGACUUCGGAGUAAGUCGUACGGGCAAGGAAAGAAUCGCUUUCUUGUGGUCAGUCGUAAAGUUCGCAAAGACCAGCUGAUCGGGCAGCUCCUCCAGGAAGGUCAGGUUGGACGAUAUGAGCUCAUCAAACCUCAGGCAUCUCACUGCUGAGCCCACAGAUGAACUUCGCCAAUCACUGUGUUCACAAUGGCACAUCGCUGUCAUGUUGACUGAAGCCUUUCAGGGUUAAAUCUGCAUUCCUAAACUGAGGCUCCAGAUCCCAGUCGAUUCAUGGUCUUCAGUUUAUGCACACGUAUCCCAGUUAAACGUCUGUUGGCUUGUUAUUUCCAAGUGUUUACAAUGAUCUAUUUCUGGACUAACCUGAUCUAACUACCGUCCUGGGACGUACAUAUCUGUUGUCAAAUGUCAGGCGUGCUGUGUGUACAGUUGAAUUGUCCUCUCGUUUCAAAGCUUUAAUGAUUAAAUGAAUUAAAGCUUUCGUCAAGUGUGA